CGUAUUAAAAAAUACAUAUAAUUUAUAUAUUGAUAACGUUUAUUACCUAAUAUUCAAAAAAGUGAUAUGACACAGUCCAUAAAUUCAAAUAAACAUUCAACCAAAGGAUAAGAAAUAAACCGUAAAUACUAAAACCGUUCAACCAAAAACAUCAAAUAUAAAAAAAACGGUGAAAUGUCCUAAAUCAAACAAAGAUUUUACUACAUGCCAGUUCAGUUCGAUUAUGGUGGGUAUGGAAACAUUGAUAAACAUAACCGACCCACCGGUUUUUUAUUUGGUUCGAUUUUUCGGUUCGGUUUUGUUGGUUAAUUAGGUUAUGAGUCAGUUAAAUCGGUUUGUUGCACACCCCUAACCAAAACCCAAUGAAACUAAGACGAUAAGGCUUACUUAGAUGGUGAUCUAAGGUCGCAUGCUAGUUGAAGAACUAACUCCGUGACACCAAGCUCGAGAUCGGCUUGGUUCGAGCCUAUUUAUUUAAGCUCAAGCUCGGCUCGCGCGUAAAACCCAAAGCCUGAGCUCGACCCAGCUCGAACUUGUUCCGGUAUCGCACCGACAUUCUCUUUUCAGAUUGUAUAAAUAUAACUAUUUUAGUUUAAAUUAAUAAAUAAAUGGGCCAGUGGAUAAAUCCGUAACUUGUGAGAUUAAUCCUAUAAGCGCAGUAUCCGGUGACCGAAGAUUAUUGAUGCCAAACAGAACUGAUAGCAAGAGUUAAGGGGGAGUCUGUAAGUGCAACUCCUGCUGGUAACUGUGCUUUAUCAGUUCUGUGUAAGAAAGUCAAAGCCCAAGUCAACAUUAUUGAUUAAAUUCGGAUGGAAGUGAGUCUAAUGGGUCCGAACUUAUGUGUUGAUAAAUUCGGAUAAAGUUAUGUACUGUGUUGUCCGAACUUUUGGACAUGGAUGCUCAGAAUUUAGGGUUUUGCCCUAGCCUAUAUAUAUGGGUGUAGAGGUUAGAAUUGGGCAUCUAUCCAUAACAUUCAUUCAUCUUAGUGAGAAUGGAUCUGGGUGAUCAGCUUUGUGCAACCUCUCACAAACCCUAGCUAUUCCUCGACAGUGUGUGCACAUUUCUAGAGAGAGAGAAAGAGUGACUAUGUGUUAGUGAGAGAAAGCUCAGUUUAGAUCUUUGUGAUCUAAACCAACUUGUAGAUGAUGUCUACUCUUUCAGUUUGUAGUCUGUGAUGACUUAUUCGUUAAUAAAGAGAUUCAUCUUCUACAUCGUUCUAUCUUUUAUGUUUAUGAUUGUUCUUCAUGUCUGGAAUCAAGUGCAAUGUUGAUGUUCGUCAUCGGUCCGGUGCUUUCACAUAAAGCUUUAAAAUUGACUCGUAACGAAUUCGGAGGAAUAAAAUCUAGAGUUGAGGAAAUUGGCCUCAAUAUUGGAUCUUCAACACCACCAAAUCUCAGCCGUGCUAUUGAAGAUUUAACGAAAUUGGGGGUUGAAGAAAAUUUGAGAAAACACAUGAACAGGUAUGAAAAUUUGAUUGAAUAUUUCGAGGGUAUGAAAGAAGAUUUAAAACAAAUGUGCAACAAGUUGUAUAGAAUUGAAGAGCUUGUAAACGGGCUUCAGUUGGAGGGAUUAGUUGAUUUUUGGAGAAUCCGAAAGCAGAUACCGUUGCAUGGAGACGAGUUGGAAUGUAUGAGUCAGUUGAUGAGUGAGCAUAGAGUAGUUAUUGACGAGUUUAUAAAAUUAGAAGAAAAAGUCGAACGCACAAGGGAACGUAUUAAACUUCUGAUGCAGCAAGAAAACCGUUGAUAAGAUUAGGAGCAAACAUGGCAGCUAGAGUCGAGAGGAUGGGUAGGUGAAGUGAUUUUGACCAAUCUACCCCUGGGGGAUUCAAUAAUUAGACACUUUCAAGAACGGUGAAACAUAUGAGGUAGUACUCUACUUUGGAAUCAUUGAGAAGAUUUUCGAUAUUAGUAAGAAACUUGAACAUGUAUACAAGAUUUCGAUAUUAGUAAGAUAUUGUGAUUUCAUAAGCAGAAUCUUUGUAGAAGGCAGAUGAUAUCAAACCGUUUGUUCUCGCUGACUUUUGCAAAGGCGGUAUGAUAGUAAUCAAACAAGGAACGGGUAAGAUAACUAAAAUUCAAAUGAAAUGGACUACUUAAGAUAGAUUAACGGCUCGUCUUCAAAUACAGAUUCAUCACCAAUACAAACUGUAGGGCGAUCCAAACAUGAAUCGGGAUACAGAAAU